AAAAGAAGAAAAAUGGCCGAUGAUGGAGUCAAUCCGAAGGCCUUCCCACUGGCCGAUACCAACUUGUCUCAAAAGCUCAUGGAUCUCGUCCAGCAAGCGAUGAACUACAAACAGCUCAAGAAGGGAGCCAACGAGGCCACCAAGACUCUCAACAGAGGAAUCUCUGAGAUCAUCGUCAUGGCCGCCGAUGCCGAGCCACUGGAGAUUCUCCUCCAUCUUCCACUUCUCUGCGAAGACAAGAACGUUCCAUACGUCUUUGUUCGCAGCAAGGCUGCCCUCGGACGCGCUUGUGGAGUCACUCGUCCAGUGAUCGCUGCUUCAAUCACUCAAAACGAAGGAUCUCAGCUCAAAUCUCAAAUUCAGAAGAUCAAGGAGGACGUUGAGAAGCUUCUCAUCUAAAUCCUUCUUUUAUCAAUUUGUUGUUACGUUACCUCAUUGUUGUUAUAUGAUAAUCCAUUCAUUGUUUUGUUGUCCCAAAUUGCAAAUACAUCGUUUUUGAAAAAGAAUGAACGUUUCUGCG